GGUGUUCCUAACUUCCUGCUACCCUACAGCCACCGCUUUUCCCUCAGGGUGAUAGUGACACUGAGGAAGAGGGGAGUGAUUAUGAAGAUGAGGUUGAAAAUCAAUUGCUAGCAAGAUGAUGAUUAAUGAAGAAUUGCAUGUAAGUUAGGACCAGCCGACCACAAUGUUGAGCACGCAAGGCUACAAGGUGUCGACCUUCUAAUUGACUGAGAAGCUUUCAGUUCUUGCUGAAAGUAAUGAGAGGCUAGUAGAGGCAAGGAUUGAUGGUGGUGGUGGAUUGAAUCUGCUCAUUAGGCAGAGAGAAAACCAAGAUUAUGCAGAUGGGACAACUACUGGUGAUAGGUGGCAAGACAUGUCUUUCGCUCAGGGGAGGCAAGGUAGUGGCAGGCAUACAGGAUAUGGUGCUGGUGGUGGAAGAACAUUGGCUUUUGGUCAAGCUGCUGGAGGAAGCUAUUGGUCCAAUCAGUUGCGAGGAGCAGGUGGACGUUCUAGGAGAAUUGCUCCAUCAGUUAAAGGUUACCAGAUGGAUGCUUCAAGCCACAUGGUUAGUCUUUACCGUGGGCCGCGUGCUUAAAUAAUCAUAAUGGCAAAUGAUUGGAGGAGUUGACUAAUUUUUAAAGAAUUUUGGUUUUGUUUCUAAAAUUGUAGUAGAUCAGACCAUAUGUUUUGUCUUUAAAAUGUUUCUAAUCUAUUUAUUAAUCUCCAGAAUUUUAGAAUGUA